CUCGACAAACAAGUAAAAUAUGGCUAAAUUAUUCCAAGUUUGACGAUUCAACAGAAAGUCACUUCCCACUGCCAUUUAAAAACCUCCCCAUUUCCCUCCAAUCUCCAACAACAACACACCACCACCUUCUUUCUCCUCCUCCAUUCUCCUGGGAAACCUCAAGAACCCAACUCUGCUGCAACAGUUCGUGAGUUCUUGACCUUGGAUUUUGUUUUACUCGUCUGGGUUACUGGCCCAUCGGCCCAGAAAAAAAAUGGACACCGGGGAUCUGUACAGUGCGAGGAACAGCCUCCGUCACGGCGGGUCUGCUUCCAUGUGGCGGAGCAACCCGUCGGAGUUGUUCUCUGCUUCUUCGAGGGAGGAGAACGACGAGGAAGCACUGAAAUGGGCUGCACUCGAGAAGCUACCUACUUACGAUCGGCUCCGGAAAGGCAUACUGGCCAGCGCUUCCAAGACUGAGCUCAGCGAGAUCGACAUCCAACAUCUCGGAAUCGAGGAGAGGAAGAUUCUCCUUGACCGCCUCGUCAGAGUUGCCGACCAGGACAACGAGAACUUCUUGUUGAAGCUCAAGAGCAGAAUCGACAGGGUUGGAGUGGAGCUGCCGACGAUUGAAGUUCGAUACGAGCAUCUAAAUGUCGAAGCAGAAGCUACGGUUGGGAGCAAAUCUCUGCCCACGUUCACCAACUUCACUCUAGGAAUCUUCACAGAUCUCUUGGAUGCGAUGCACCUUCUACCCAACAGAAAGAAACAUCUGACAAUUCUCAGUGACGUUAGUGGAGUCAUCAAGCCCGGCAGAAUCACUCUGCUUCUGGGUCCUCCAAGUUCCGGGAAGACAACGCUACUGCUAGCUUUGGCUGGAAGGCUGGAUUCCAGUCUCAAGGUUUCAGGGAGAGUAUCCUACAAUGGUCAUGAUAUGCAUGAGUUCAUUCCCCAGAAAACUUCAGCUUACAUUAGCCAGCAUGAUCUUCACAUGGGUGAGCUGACCGUUAGGGAAACGUUGGCUUUUGCUGCCAGAGUCCAAGGAGUUGGAUCUCUACAAGAUAUGUUGGCUGAGUUAUCCAGAAGAGAAAAGGCAGCAAAUAUUAAACCUGAUCCUGAUAUUGAUGUCUUCAUGAAGGCUGCAGCUACUGAAGGUUUGGAGAGCAAUGUGAUUACAGACUAUAUUCUCAAGAUCUUAGGGCUGGAAGUUUGUGCAGACACUCUUGUGGGAGAUGAAAUGAUCAGAGGUAUCUCUGGAGGACAAAGGAAGCGUGUUACUACUGGCGAAAUGCUUGUUGGACCAUCAAGGGCAUUGUUCAUGGAUGAGAUCUCAACUGGUUUGGACAGUUCCACAACAUUCCAGAUUGUGAACUCACUGAAGCAGCAAAAUCACAUCCUCAAUGGCACUGCAGUCAUUUCCCUCCUCCAGCCUGCUCCCGAGACAUACAACCUCUUUGAUGACAUCAUUCUGGUGUCCGAUGGGCAGAUUGCGUACCAAGGCCCUCGCGAAAAUGUGCUCGAGUUCUUCGAGCACAUGGGAUUCAAGUGUCCUGACAGGAAAGGAGUGGCUGAUUUCCUGCAAGAAGUCACAUCUAAGAAGGAUCAGAAGCAGUAUUGGAGUAGAAGGGAUCAACCAUACCGUUUUGUUACAACAAAUGAGUUUGCUGAGGCGUUCCAGUCGUUCCACGUGGGAAGAAAGAUCGGAGAUGAGCUGUCAGUUCCUUAUGACAAAACCAAGAGCCACCCUGCUGCCUUGUCAACCAAGAAAUAUGGAGUUGGGAACAAGGAGCUCUUGAAGGCCAACUUUGCAAGAGAGUUCUUACUCAUGAAAAGGAACUCAUUUGUCUAUGUCUUCAAGCUUACCCAGCUAAUCAUCAUGUCACUGUUUGUUAUGACGGUCUUCCUACGAACCGAGAUGCACAGGGACACGGUUGCGAAUGGUGGCAUUUACGUGGGUGCUCUCUUUUUCACAUUGGUUAUGCUCAUGUUUAACGGAAUGGCUGAGCUUCCAAUGACCAUCGCAAAGCUUCCCGUGUUCUACAAGCAAAGGAAUUUGUUCUUUUACCCGUCAUGGGUAUACUCCAUUCCGCCAUGGCUUCUGAAGAUUCCUGUCACCCUCUAUGAAGUUGCUGUUUGGGUCUUCAUGACUUACUAUGUCGUUGGUUUUGAUCCCAGCUUUUUAAGGUUGCUCAAGCUUUAUUUUGUAUUGGUACUGAUUAAUCAGAUGGCAUCUGCUCUCUUUCGAUUCAUUGCCGCAACUGGAAGGAACAUGAUCAUUGCCAACACCUUUGGCUCAUUUGUCUUGCUUCUGCUCUUUGCAUUGAGUGGAUUCGUCCUGUCACGAGAGGAUGUAAAGAAAUGGUGGCUUUGGGCUUAUUGGGCAUCACCUAUGAUGUAUGGGCAGAAUGCAAUAGUAGUCAAUGAAUUCCUUGGACACAGUUGGAGCCAUAUUCCGCCCAACUCUACAGAAUCACUUGGAAUCCAAGUGCUAAAAUCUCGUGGGUUCUUCACAGAAGCCUAUUGGUAUUGGCUAGGAGUGGGAGCAUCUCUAGGGUUCCUGUUCCUAUUCAACAUUUGUUUUGUUAUUGCUCUUACUUUCUUGGACAAGUUUGAGAAGCUUAAGGCCGUCAUACCUGAAGAAGGUUCUGCAGGAGCUAUUGAGAUGUCACAACACAGAACUGAGGAAAUAGAUGAUGAGGCCAGUGGAAGCAAGAAGAAAGGGAUGGUUCUUCCAUUUGAGCCUCAUUCCCUGACAUUCGACGAUGUUAUAUACUCAGUUGACAUGCCACAGGAAAUGAGGAGCCAAGGUGUUACUGAUGACAAGCUGGUGCUUCUAAAGAGUGUUAGUGGUGCUUUCAGGCCAGGUGUUUUGACAGCUCUCAUGGGAGUCAGUGGUGCUGGUAAAACCACUCUCAUGGAUGUGCUUGCUGGAAGGAAAACCGGUGGCUAUAUCGAAGGAAGUGUCACAAUUUCUGGGUUCCCUAAGAAGCAAGAAACUUUCGCUAGGAUUUCAGGGUAUUGUGAGCAGAAUGAUAUCCAUUCCCCGCAAGUUACUGUAUUCGAAUCUUUAGUAUACUCAGCUUGGCUGCGUUUGCCUCAAGAAGUAGAUGAAAAAACCAGAAUGUUGUUUGUUGAAGAAGUAAUGGAUCUUGUGGAGCUGAACCCCAUACGUAACUCUUUGGUGGGACUCCCCGGUGUGAAUGGCUUGACUACUGAGCAACGUAAGAGGCUAACCAUUGCGGUCGAGUUGGUAGCAAAUCCAUCCAUCAUCUUUAUGGACGAGCCGACCUCUGGGUUGGAUGCUAGAGCUGCUGCCAUUGUCAUGAGAACUGUGAGAAACACCGUCGACACAGGUAGAACAGUUGUUUGCACCAUCCAUCAGCCCAGCAUCGAUAUCUUUGAAGCAUUCGAUGAGCUCUUCUUGUUGAAGAGAGGAGGACAAGAGAUAUACGUUGGCCCUCUAGGCCGCCACUCCGCCCAAUUGGUGAAAUACUUUGAGGAAAUUCCAGGAGUGAGCAAGAUCCAAGACGGUUACAAUCCAGCAACUUGGAUGCUAGAGGUGACCACCACGGCGCAAGAGAUGUCUCUCGGGGUCGAUUUCACAGACAUUUACAGGAACUCAGACCUCUACAAGAGAAACAAGGCCUUGAUCAAGGACUUGAGCAAAGCAGCCCCGGGUGCCAAAGAGCUCUACUUCCCAACACAGUACUCUCAACCAUUCAUGACACAGUGCCUGGCUUGCCUGUGGAAGCAGCACUGGUCCUACUGGCGAAAUCCUCCAUACACCGCGGUCAGGUUCCUAUUCACAACCUUCAUAUCCCUCACAUUUGGGACCAUUUUCUGGGAUCUCGGCGGCAAGACAACUAGGAACCAAGACCUUUUCAAUGCAAUGGGAGCAAUGUUUUCAGCAGUGGUGUUCUUGGGGGUACAGAAUGCAUCAUCAGUGCAGCCAGUGGUAGCCAUUGAAAGAACUGUGUUUUACCGGGAGCGAGCAGCAGGGAUGUACUCAGCCAUGCCGUAUGCCUAUGCACAGGCAAUCAUAGAGGUUCCAUAUAUCAUGGUCCAGUCUCUGGUCUAUGCAUUGAUCACAUACUCCAUGAUGGGGUUCGAGUGGCGCGCAGAGAAGUUCCUGUGGUACAUCUUCUUCAUGUUCACCACUCUCCUCUACUUCACCUACUAUGGGAUGAUGACCGUCGCAGUCACCCCGAAUCACCACAUUGCAUCAAUCAUCUCUUCCUUCUUUUACGCCAUUUGGAAUCUCUUCUCCGGGUUCAUCAUCCCCAGACCGAGCCUUCCAGUGUGGUGGAGAUGGAGUUACUGGGCCAACCCAAUCUCAUGGACACUGUAUGGUUUGAUUGUGUCCCAAUAUGGAGAUGUGAAGACACAGUUAGAUGGAGGGCAAACUGUGGAGGAUUUCCUGAGGAGCUACUUCGGGUUCAGGCACGAUUUCUUGGGUGUCAUUGCUGGAGUGAUGGUUGGAUUGGUAGUCGUCUUCGCCUCCAUCUUUGCCGUCUCCAUCAGGGCUUUCAACUUCCAGAGAAGAUAGAUAGACCCACAGAUACAUCUCUUUUCAAGAACCAGUCGAACAAUAAGAACUUGAAACUGUUACCUACUUACCUUCUGUCUGCUACAGCUUUUUGGUUUUGUAGAUUUUUUAGGUGCUUUACAUUUGAUCACUUUGAGAUAAGCAAAGUCUGCAGAUUGCUUUUAACUUUCAAGUCAUUCUGCAACAAUUUGGCGGGAGAGAGAGCCGCGGGAUGGCUAUCAGAUAUAUAUGUAUGUUGUUGUAAAAUUGUUUUGAUAGGCAAUAAUAUUACACAUUUGUU